GUGGAGCCGAACAGGAAGUGAAGUGUCAACGCGAGUCUCGCCAAAACAGAGAGAGCUGCCGACCGCUGCUUUGAUGAACGUACCUAUCAAUAAUUAUUACAGCCCUACACUGCUGCAUAGUGAGCUCAAAAUAGAGACUCUGCUGUCAUCUGCUGGUAAGCUGGAGACCUGCAGCAUUGGCGUCAUGGUGAAGGAUGUUUCGAAAGGUCAAGAAGCGCCACAGCAGCAGCAGCUCCCAGAGCAGUGAGAUCAGCACUAAAAGCAAGUCAGUAGAUUCCAGUUUGGGAGGCCUGUCUAGAUCAAGCACCGUCGCCAGUCUUGAUACGGACUCCACCAAGAGCUCAAGUAACGCCGUGUCCGACACCUGUGCAGAGUUCAGGGUCAAGUAUGUGGGAGCCAUCGAGAAGCUGGAGUUUGAGAUGAGCAAAACCCUGCAGGAGCCUUUAGACCUGAUCAACUACAUCGAUGCAGCUCAGCAAGAUGGAAAACUGCCGUUUGUGCCUGGAGAUGAGGAGAUGAUUCUGGGAGUGUCCAAGUAUGGAGUUAAAGUGGCCUCAUUGGACCAGUGUGAUGUGCUUCACCGUCACCCACUCUACCUGAUUGUACGUAUGCUUUGCUAUGAUGAUGGUCUGGGUGCUGGAAAAAACCUUCUCGCUCUGAAGACCACAGAUGCAGAGCAGCAGGAGUGCAGCAUCUGGGUGUAUCAGUGCAGCAGUGCGGAACAAGCCCAAGCUAUCUGUAAAGUACUGUCCACCUCCUUCGACUGUGCCCUGGCCUCAGAGAAGUCCUGAGGUCUGUUUCGGGGUGUCCUGUUCUUCCAACUUCAUGUUUCAUCAGGAGCAGCAGCAGGAGGAACACUGAAGUCUGUUUGUGGAAGGUGCCCUUUCUAAAAGCAUCUGACAGAAAUGCUGGAAUUUGUCUUACUUUGUUUUAUGUUAUAACACAGCUGAUCGGUCUUUGUUCAGCAUGAAAGGGCAGCCAUCUCAACCACAUGUUUACACCGUAUACAUUAGUCCCAGUAUCCUCUUUUCUUAACAGCCCCACCACGACCCAAAAGCCAAGUUUGGGCCGUGUCUAUUUUUGUAAGGUAAUUUAAUCUUAUUUAAUGUAAAUAUACAAUAUCCUCAGAGCACGUUUCCCACUAUGGGCCAGCGAAUCUGUGAUUUCUUGAGCUCUGGUGGGAUUUGUGUGAAUUGUGGUACAUUGUCAAAGAUGCUGUAAAACCCAACCCCUCUGCGUUGUUUAUACGUACUCUCCCUUUUAAGGUCAUCCUGGUCCAGGUGGGAUCGGAUCAGUUAUUACGGUACAAUAAAUCAUACGAAAGUAA